AUGGGAGAGUCAACGAAGGAACAAAGGCAGGAAUUGAACUUCACACCUCCAUUACCAUAUCCUCAAAGGUUCAGCAAAGAGACUAAGAACCAACACUUCCCAAAAUUUCUUGAAGUCUUCAAGAAGUUGGAGAUUAAUAUUCCCUUAGCUAAAGCACUUGAGCAAAUGCCCCUGUAUGUAAAGUUCUUGAAAGAGCUUAUCAACAAGAAGAGGAGUUGGCAAGAAACGGAGAUUAUACUUCUCACUGAAGAAUGUAGUGCUGUGAUUCAAGGAGGUAUCCCACCAAAGCUCAAAGAUCCAGGGAGCUUUGUAGUUUCAUGCACCAUAGGCAAAAUGACCUUAGACAAAGCUCUCUGUGACCUUGGUGCUAGCAUUAAUCUGAUGCCGUUAUCAAUGAUGAGAAAGCUUGCCAUAAAAGAACUCAAACCUACCAGGAUGUCUUUGGUGAUGGCUGACAGAUCAAUCAAGACACCCAAUGGCAUUGUGGAAAACUUCUUAGUAAAGGUUGGAGAGUUUAUCUUCCCUGCAGACUUUAAAAAUUAUACCACCACUGAGAAAGAACUUUUGGCAAUUGUUUAUGCAUUUGAUAAGUUUAGGCAAUACUUGAUUGGCUCAAAAGUUAUAGUGUACACUGACCAUGCCGCACUCAAGUAUUUAAUGUCUAAACAGGAUUCAAAGCCAAGGCUUAUUAGGUGGGUGCUGCUGCUACAAGAGUUUGAUAUUGAAGUAAGAGAUAGGAAGGGAAGUGAAAAUCAAGUGGCAGAUCAUUUAUCAAGAGUACCACAAGAAGCCUAUCAAGAUAGACCACAACAAGUAAAUGAGAAUUUCCCUGAUGAGCACCUAUUCCAAAUUCAACAAGUACCUUGGUUUGCUGACAUAGAAAAUUACAAAGUAGGAAGGAAGAUACCUCAAGAAUUCUCUAAGCAACAAGUGAAAAAGUUACUCAAUGAAGCAAGGAAGUUCUUGUGGGACGAACCCUUCUUAUUCAAGAGGUGCUCUGAUGGAAUGAUUAGGAGGUAUGUCCAUGAAAAUGAAAUGAAGGACAUAUUGUGGCAUUGUCAUGGUUCAGCAUAUGGUGGACACUUUGGACCAGAGAGAAUAGCUACAAAGGUACUACAAAACAGUUUCUAUUGGCCAACUAUCUUCAAGGAUGCCAGAGAAUACAUCUUGGUGGCAGUGGAGUAUGUCUCAAAGUGGGUGGAAGCCAUAGCCACAACCAUAUCAGAAAAAUUGAAAGCAAACACCUGUGAAAGUUGCUGGGGCAUUACGGAGUCCAAAUGGCAUUCUUCUAUAAGGAAAUACUCCAAAAGGACAUGUGAAUGCCGUCUUCUUUUGAUCUUGAGGGUCCACUAUAAUUUGGUUACAUCCAGAGUAUCCAUCUAG